AUGAAGUCGAAUCAUCUUCAUUCAACAACAGAUCAAACGAGGACAUCUCCCAAGGUACCAUCACAAAUGUGGCAACAAUAUGGAAGUUGUCCAAACGGAACAAUCCCAAUUCGAAGAACAUCAAUUAGCCAUCCAACUAACGUUCAUCCCAGCAAGGUUAUCGUAACCCCACAUCACUCGUUUUCAGUGGUGUUAACCGAAGGAUUCAGUUACUCAGGAGCUAAAGCAAACAUCAGAGUAUGGAAACCAUACGUCGAGUCUGACAAUGACUACAGUAGCUCCAAAGUUAUGCUAAGGAAUGGCCCUUUACAAACCUUCGAUACCGCAGAAGCUGGAUGGGCAGUAAACCCAAAAGUAUACAAUGACAACAACGCCCACUUAUUUACAUAUUGGACAACCGAUGGUAUGAAAAAUACAGGGUGCUUUGAUCUCACUUGUCCUGGAUUCGUUCAGACAUCACGUGAGGUCGUUCUUGGAGGGGAUAUUAGUGACUUAUAUGGAUCUGACAUCACAAUUCAAAUAUCCAAGGAUCCAUACACAUCGAACUGGUUUUUAAGAUACAACGACAAGGAAGUAGGGUAUUGGCCAGGGGAAAUCUUUCCGAUACUGAGACAUCAAGCAAACUUGGUCCAAUGGGGAGGUGAAGUCUCGAGCCCGAAUGUUGGAACCCACCCACAUACAGCAACAGCCAUGGGCAGUGGAAAGUAUGCUGAUUUCAUAUUUGGGAGUUCAGGAACGAUAAAAGGGAUGUUGAUUGAAGAAAAUUCGAAUCCUCUAAAGCCACCAGAAAAUCUUUACCCUAGCUCCGAUGAGUGGGACUGCUAUGAUGCGUACCUCUUGAAAGAAUACGUUAAGGAGCCAUCGUUCUUUUAUGGAGGUCCAGGUAGUCGUGACAAUCCAAGGUGCCAAUAA